UUUAAAAUUCGAAUUUUUUCUAUUAAAAAAAUAAAAAGCGCGGCAAAACGCGCUUUUAGUGGGGCAGAAAAAAGUUUUACGAGUAUUCUUUGCGAUAAACGCAGUGGUGUGGUACAGUUCACCCAUAUAUUUGCUGUUAAUUAUUUUUGUUGAGCUUAUUGGAUUUAACAGAAUGUCGAGCUCAAAGAAAUCUGGUAAAUCUAAGUUUUUGGCAGAAGACUUAAACGAUUUCAUAAAUAAAAGCCAGUUUGUGAAAGAGACUCCUAAGACUGGAAAACCGCAAAAGCGCAACAAGUCAGCAGCACCAGCAUUACAAGAAGAUGGUAUGUCCAGAUUAAUGGUUGAUCAACAAGUGAGCAUGAAAAAAAGAAAGAUUUCAGCAAGUCAAACAUCUGAGACACCUAAUAAAGUCCGGGACACAAUUAUGCAGCAAAUAGAAUCAAGACAACAAUGUAAUGAUCUUAUGCUUAACAACUUGUCCAAUAUCAUAACGCAACUGGAUGCUGAUCACGCACAGAUGAAAGAAAAUCAAGAUAAAUUAGAGCAACUAACUGGAGCCCUAUUGAAGUGUAUUCAACAAUCGAGUGCUGCACAUAAACAAAGUCUGAAGUUGUUAUGGGAAUUCCAUGCUACUUUUAAAAAGAGAUAUGAAGAAAUGAAUGCUCUACACAAAGAACAGAAUGAAAAACUGACAGAAGAAAUAGAGGAUGACCUUAAAAAUUUGGAGCAGCAGUUAAUAAUAGAAACUAAGCGGAGCGGCUGGGACAAUUUACGCAAAACUAUUUUUCAUGCUAUGCAAAAUGAUUUGUAAACUAAUUAUAUUCACAAUGAUUGCAUUUUAUAUUUUAGAGACCUACAUAAUAGGCUUAUUCUUAGGGGAAUAUGAAAAAUGUGAUUUUUCUUAAAAUAAUAAAGAAACUAGCUAUCUGUUACAGGAGUCUAUUUUCAAAAUUUAAAUUUAAUUUUAGAUACAUUGUAAGAGUACCUAUUUUAAGUUAGAAGAAAAAUGUGAUUUCUGUUUGA